AUGGCGACGUUGUCACCACAGUCGGCUUCUUCAGAUGCGCCAUUCCAUAGGGCUCCUGAAGCAUCUGCUUCUGGCAAGCCCGUGCUCGUCUUUGAUUCGUGUGACACGACACCAGUAAAUUCGUCCAAGGACAUUGCAGAUAAAGAGAGGGUUUACAAAGCCGUCGCGCCUGAUGUAGAUGGCCAACUUCUUGAUGGAAGAGACGGAAAUGGAUCCGAAAAUGUUGAUGAAGAGAAAGGAGACAAUAAGGAUGGACCGAUUAUUGUCAAAUGGGACGACAUAGACGACAAAGAGCGUCCGCUCAAAUGGAGCUUGGCCGUGCGCCUGUACCUCACAAUUCUCGGUGGUUUAAUAACGCUUGCAUCCACAUUUGCAUCAUCGGCGCCGUCGUUUGUCAUUCCUGGCAUUAUGAACGAGUUUGAGAUGAAAAAUGCUGAAGUGGCGAAAGCCUCUGUUUUCUUAUUCGUCGGCGGCUACUGUACUGCUCCGUUGAUUUGGGGUCCCCUUUCUGAAUAUGUCGGCCGCCGCUGGACGUUUGUUGCUAGCUUUGUUGGUUUCACCUGCUUCAAUGUCGGCUGCAUGCUUGCGCCGAACAUUGCGUCCCUGAUUGUCUUCCGCAUUUUCGCCGGUGCUUUUGCCUCGUGCCCGCUGUCGAAUGUCAUUGGUAUGAUUGCAGAGCUGUAUUCUUUCCGCUACCUCACCAUCGGUGCUGUGAUGUUCUGCAUUGCGCCCAUGGCCGGCCCGUGUUUGGGCCCCAUUGUCGGUGGCUAUAUCAUGCAGUCUGGCGCGUCUUGGCGCUGGGUAUUCCGUGCACUGGCAUGCGCUUCCUUCGUCCUUUUGCUCCUGCUCAUCUUCACCAUGCCAGAGACGCUCGGCGCGCGUUGCCUUCAGAAGAAGGCGAAGCGUAUCCGCAAAGAGACGGGCGACGACCGCUACAAGGCGCCCGUCGAGCUGGUAGAGGGUGAAAGUAAGCUCACGAUUGUUAAGCGCAUUCUUGCCAAGCCGUUUAUCCUCUUUUUCCAGGAGCCGAUGCUUAUCGCCACCACGAUUUACAUGUCGUUUGUCUAUGGCACGCUCUACCUCCUCUUUGAUGCCUAUCCAAUCGUCUUUGGCGAGCUGCACGACUUGAAGCCCGGCUCGGUCGGCCUUGCGUUCCUCGGCUACUUUGUCGGCUGUUGUGCUGCAGGCGCCUACUGUGUAUUUGUGGACAACCGCAUGUAUCUUAAGGCGCUCGACGCCAACAAUGGUAUGCCGCCUCCACCCGAGAUCCGUCUUCGCGCUGCGGCUGUCGGAGCACCGCUCCUCGUCAUUUCUCUGUUUUGGUUUGCAUGGACUUCCUUCCCGAGCGUUUCUUUCUGGAGUCCGCUGGUUGCCGGUGGUGUUUUCGGUGCGGCCAUGUACCUUAUUUUCCUAGGUUUGAUGGUGUACAUUACCGAAGUGUACAUCUUCAGUGCAUCAAGCGCUGUUGCCGCCAACACUGUCGUGCGUUCUGCAUUCGGUGUCGGAUUCCCCAUGUUUGGUGAGCAAAUGUACCACAACUUGAACCCGCGCUGGGCAUCCACUGUCUUGGGUUUCAUUGCACUUGCUAUGCUGCCCAUCCCAUUUGUCUUGAUGAAAUAUGGCCCUUCCAUUCGCAAGUUGUCCAAGUUUGCACAGGCGGCUCCCGGCAAGAAUAACUAG